CCGAGGCGAGCCCCCCAAUCCCGCGCCGGGGCGGCGGCGGCGGCGGCGGCGGCGCGACGAUGAGGAUGAUGAAUACAUUGCAAAGUUUUUUUGGCCCCGGCGAGGGGUGUCAGAUUGAGCGCUCUGUGCGCAUGUGCGAAGGUGUCCAAACUGACAAUGCUGGGGAGAUGAAGAUAGUGUGUAGCUGCUUCUGGACUCCAGGAGGAGGAGAGAGAUUCCGCGAGCCGACACCAUGCGAUCCAAGGCGAGGGCGAGGAAGCUAGCCAAAAGUGACGGCGACAUUAUAAAUAAUAUGUAUGAGCCGGACCCGGACCUGCUGGCCGGAGAGAGUGCCGAGGACGAGACCGAGGACAGCGUCAUGUCCCCCAUCCCCAUGGGGCCGGCGUCCCCCUUCCCCACCAGCGAGGACUUCACCCCCAAGGAGGGCUCGCCCUACGAGGCCCCCGUCUACAUCCCCGAAGACAUCCCCAUCCCGCCGGACUUUGAGCUCCGGGAGUCCUCCGUCCCGGGGGCCGGCCUGGGCAUCUGGGCCAAGAAGAGGAUGGAGAUCGGCGAGCGCUUCGGCCCCUACAUGGUGGCGCCGCGGGCCACGCUGAAGGAGGCGGACUUCGGAUGGGAGCAAAUGCUGACGGAGGAGGUGUCCUCGCAGGACAGCUGCGUCCAAAAGAUGGCAGAAGACCUGGGCGGCGAGAAGUUCUGCGUGGAUGCCGGGCAGGCCGGGGCCGGCAGCUGGCUCAAGUACAUCCGGGUGGCGUGCUCCUGUGAUGACCAGAACCUCACCAUGUGUCAGAUCAACGAGCAGAUUUAUUACAAAGUCAUCAAGGACAUCGGGCCCGGAGAGGAGUUGCUGGUGCACGUGAAGGAAGGCGCCUGCUCCCUGGGGGCCGUGCCCCCCAGCCUGGACGAGGAGCCCACGUUCCGCUGUGAUGUGUGUGACGAGCUCUUCCCGUCCAAGCUGGACCUGCGGCGGCACAAGAAGUAUGCGUGCGGCCCGGUGGGGGCCGCCCUCUACGCGGGCCUGGCCGAGGAGCUCAAGCCCCAGGGCCUGGGCGGCGACGGGCGGGCCCUCGAGUGCAAGGACUGCGAGCGGACGUUCCCGGACAAGUACAGCCUGGAGCAACACAUGGUGGUGCACACGGAGGAGCGGGAGUACAAGUGCGACCAGUGCCCCAAGGCCUUCAACUGGAAGUCCAACCUCAUCCGCCACCAGAUGUCCCACGACAGCGGCAAGCGCUUUGAAUGUGAAAACUGCGUGAAGGUGUUCACGGACCCCAGCAACCUGCAGCGGCACAUCCGCUCCCAGCACGUGGGCGCGCGGGCGCACGCCUGCCCCGACUGCGGGAAGACCUUCGCCACGUCCUCGGGCCUCAAGCAGCACAAACACAUCCACAGCACCGUCAAGCCCUUCAUAUGUGAGGUCUGCCACAAGUCCUACACGCAGUUCUCCAACCUGUGCCGCCACAAGCGGAUGCACGCGGACUGCCGCACGCAGAUCAAGUGCAAGGACUGCGGGCAGAUGUUCAGCACUACCUCCUCCCUCAACAAGCAUCGGCGCUUCUGCGAGGGCAAGAACCAUUACACGCCGGGCGGCAUCUUCUCCCCGGGCCUGCCCUUGACCCCCAGCCCCCUGAUGGACAAGGCGAAGCCGCCCCCCAACCUCAACCACGCCGGCCUGGGCUUUGGCGAGUACUUCCCCUCCAGGCCGCACCCGGGCAGCCUGCCCUUCUCCGCCGCCCCGCCAGCCUUUCCCGCGCUCACUCCCGGCUUCCCCGGCAUCUUUCCGCCUUCCCUGUACCCCCGACCACCUCUGCUACCUCCCACGCCGUUGCUCAAGAGCCCCCUGACCCACACCCAGGACGCCAAGCUCCCCAGCCCCCUGGGGAACCCGGCCCUGCCCCUGGUCUCCGCCGUGGGCAGCAGUGGACAGGGCGCCGGGGCCGCCCCGGGGCCCGAGGACAAGUUCGAGAGUCGCCUGGAGGACACGUACCCUGAGAAGCUCACGACUCGGGGCAGCGACCUGUCGGACGGCAGCGACUUCGAGGACGUCAACACCACAACCGGGACGGACCUGGACUCCACCUCGGGCUCGGGCUCGGACCUGGACAGCGACGUGGAGAGCGACCACGACAAGGCCAAGGCCAAGAGCAAGGCGACCGAGGGCAAGCCCCACCUCGGGGCCAGCGCGGCGCCACCAGGAGCCCCCAACAGCGUGGGCGAGGUGCCCGUCUUCUACGCCCAGCACUCCUUCUUCCCGCCGCCCGACGAGCAGCUGCUGGCCGCGUCCGGGGCCGCGGGCGACUCCAUCAAGGCCAUCGCCUCCAUCGCGGAGAAGUACUUCGGGCCGGGCCUCAUGGGGGUGCAGGAGAAGCGGCUGGGCGCGCUUCCCUACCCUUCAGUGUUCCCGUUCCAGUUCCUGCCCGACUUCCCCCACGCCCUCUACCCCCUGGCGGACCGCACCCUCGCCCACAGCCUGCUGGUCAAGGCCGAGCCAAAGUCGCCCCGGGACGCCCUCAAGGGGGGCGGCCCCAGUGCCGAGUCCCCCUUCGACCUCACCACCAAACCCAAAGAGGCGAAGCCCCUCCUGCCGGCGCCCACGGCAGCCCUGGUGCCGGGCGAGGAGCAGCCGCUGGACCUUAGCAUCGGCAGCCGCGUCCGCGCCAGCCAGAGCGGCGGCGGGCGCGAGCCCCGCAAGAACCACAUCUACGGGGAGCGCAAGCCGGGGGCCGGCGAGGGGCUGCCCAAGGCCUGCCCCGCGCAGCUGCCCCAGCAGCCCCCGCUGCACUACGCCAAGCCGUCGCCCUUCUUCAUGGACCCUAUCUACAGCAGGGUGGAGAAGCGGAAGGUGCCGGACCCCGUGGGGGUCCUGAAGGACAAGCUCCUGCGGCCGCCCCCUCUGCUCUUCCACCCCCAGAUGUCAGCCAUCGAGACGAUGACAGAGAAGCUGGAGAGCUUCGCGGCCAUGAAGGCGGACUCUGGCGGUGCCCUCCAGCCCCUGCCCCACCACCCCUUCAACUUCCGGUCCCCGCCCCCGACGCUGUCCGACCCCAUCCUCAGGAAGGGCAAGGAGCGGUACACCUGCAGGUACUGCGGGAAGAUCUUCCCCCGGUCUGCAAACCUCACGAGACACCUGAGGACCCACACCGGGGAGCAGCCGUACAGGUGUAAGUACUGCGACCGGUCCUUCAGCAUCUCCUCCAACCUGCAGCGGCACGUCCGCAACAUCCACAACAAGGAGAAGCCCUUCAAGUGCCACCUGUGCAGCCGCUGCUUCGGGCAGCAGACCAACCUGGACAGGCACCUCAAGAAGCACGAGCACGAGCACGCGCCAGUGAGCCAGCACUCCGGGGUCCUCACGAACCACCUGGGGACCAGCGCCUCCUCCCCCACCUCCGAGUCGGACACCCACGCACUUUUAGAUGAGAAAGAAGACUCCUAUUUCUCUGAAAUCAGAAACUUUAUUGCCAACAGCGAGAUGAACCAAGCCUCAGCUCGAACAGACAAAAGGCCAGAAGUCCAGGAGCUGGACGGCACGCCGCAGUGUCCGGGCCUGGCCGGCGGGAAGCCGGAGGAUGGGGAGGAGGAAGAGGAGGAGGAGCUGGAGGAGGAGGAAGAGGACAGCCUGGCGGGGAAGUCCCCAGAGGACCGCCCGUCCCUCACGCCUGAGCCCCAGGGCGCCUACGAGGACGAGGAGGAUGAGGAGCCGCCCACGUCGCUGGCCGUGGGCUUUGACCACACCCGAAGGUGUGUUGAGCCGCAGCGAGCAGGCGGUCCGUUGGCUCUGGAGCCGGUGCCGACCUUUGGGAAGGGGCUCGACCUGCGCAGAGCAGCGGAGGAAGCUUUUGAAGUUAAAGAUGUCCUUAAUUCCGCCUUAGACUCUGAGGCCCUAAAACAGACCCUGUACAGGCAGGCUAAGAACCAGGCGUACACAAUGAUGCUGUCCCUGUCGGAGGACGCACCUCUCCGCACCUCCUCCCAGAGUCCCCUGGACGCUUGGUUGAGCAUCACGGGACCCGCCCCGGAGUCCGGAGCCUUUAACCCCAUCAACCACCUCUGACGGGCCCGGGGGCCGGGGUCAGAGUCCACGCCAGGAGCCCCGUGUCCCGACACAACCCUCAGCUGUGGAAGGUGGAGGCCACGCCUCCAGGACCAGCGCAGCCUGGGGCAGGGAGGCCCCUCGUCACCUGCGUCUGACCACUGUCUAUCCCCCCACCUUGGUCUAACUCGACUUUUCCAGUGAAAACUCAGAAACCGGAAGUCCCCGACGCGGUUGCUAGGUCACACCUCUGAGAGUCGGUCUGGAGUAUGACACCACGGAGGAUGCUGCUAACGCGCGGGAACAGCCUGGUGGCAUUGACCCCGUGGGCAGGGGCGGGGUUCUCACCCCAAACUGUAGCAGGCCCGCUUCGGGGCACCGGGAGGGCAGGGCAGGGCAGGGCAGACGGCUGUGCUCUGAGGAGGGAGACGGCCCGAACAAUUUUUCUAGUGAAAAUGACAAGAAUGACGCUUUUGGUAACCCUGUCGAUGCCAGAGUCUAUUUAAGCAUGUGGUUUUAAAAAUAGACAGUAUUUUUUAAAAAAAGAAAAGAAAAAAGAAAAGGAAAAAGGACUCGCCAAUUGUUUUUUAAAAGUCAUUUUUGCAUUGCUUUGGAAUCUGCGCACACCCAAGCCCGCCCGGGGGCCCGCACUGUGCUGGGCACAGUCUUUAUCCUUCGGACCCAGGAGGAGUUUUCUACCCCCGACCCCGUGCGUGACGCCAAGGUGGUUCCAGCUCCUGACUGGCCCACGGCGUGGGGCCGCUCCUGUGAGCCCUUUCUGACUGUACCAAGGAUUCUUAGAUGCGGUGUCCUGGGCUGGCCGGAGGCUGGGACUGUGCCUGACGUGAGACACGGGAUGCAUGCCCGCGGUCCCCAAGCGGCCCCUCCCGAGACCUCCCAAUUCUAUGGGAAGGUCGGAGAGGCAGGCAGGGCAGCUUCUGUUCCUCCCUGGGUCUGUCUUUGGCCGCCCCUGGGCCAGCACUGCGCUGACCGCUGCUCUUCAGGAAACAGCCGGCCACCAGCCCCAUUCUGGUCUGCCGCCCCCACCUCACCCACCCCGUCAGACGCGCGAGGGAAGGUGGGGGGCACCCCCCACUGCCUGCGCAGACCGCCGAGCUCCCCGGGGCGGGAGCCCCGAGCCCCGGGGCCGGACACAGCUGCCGCUCCCGCCCUCCACGGGGGUUCUUGGCAUGUGGGAUCCAGCUCAGGACCAGAGGACAUGCAGCUAGGACCCGGACACCUGGACGCCUGCUGCAGAGCGUGAAGACAGUACAGCCCCGUCGGGGACAGCGUCUCCCUCCCUGGGGACCAGUGUGCUACUCCACUCAUGGGCUUUAAAUUAUUCCCGUAGGGGCCAAUUUCAGAUAAUAAUUUUUUCCCUGAUGGAAUUUACCUUAAUCUGUAUAUAACUUGUAAUUUUUUCUAAUUCAUUUCUUUUCUUAUUUUAUUUCUUCCUUAACAGUAUUUUUGGCAUUAGACACUCUUAUUGUGAAGAAAUAAUGUUAAUAUAAGUACCCGGUGAAGGACCAAAACCGUGUAAUAAGGUUUGUGUGUCGUGUGGCCGAGACCCAGGGACUGGGGCGGUUUUCAAUGUGCCAAACGCCCCCUCGCCCCCCGCGGAUUCUGCCGUCACCGCCGCCCAUCUCCCAGACAAUCACGUGUUUUGUUAAAUCUGAGUUUCAGUUGUAUCGCAUUUAAGACAAGUGUUCUAUUUAUUUCUUUUUAUCGUUUGGCAGAAAACAGAGUAAUAGUGUCCCAACGAGAGGGGAAAAAAUCGCCCGAGUUGCCCUUACAAACCGUGACUGCAGGUUGUGUCUCCCGGGGACUGUGUCCUCAGCUCUGGCCCUGGGGGUGGUGGGAAGUGUCCCCGCCGGGGUGUCGCCCCCUGUGCAUGUCACGCUGGCUCCAGGCCUGUCACCUGCGUGGGUGGCGGGGGUCCAGCCUCACCCAGGAGACCCCCAGCGGGGAGGCUCUUGGGGCCCCCCAGCCCGGGGGUCCCAGGGGAAGGGCUCACCUCCUUUCUCCAGCCCUCACGGGGGAGCCAGACUGAGCCCGGCCCCGGGGUGUGCCGAGGUCCCUCGCACACACACCUGUGCCAGCGGUGGCCUCUGCCACUCGGGUUUGCCCACACGACCUCUCGCACCUCCGCACGAGCAUCGGCACCUCAGCCGGAGCCGCCAGGUGUGGCUCCGGACGCCCAGCUUCCCCUUGAUCUGGGUGGGGUCCCUUUGAAAAGGUGACCUCAGAUCAAAACACCCCCUCUGUGCAAACCCAAAUUACAUGAUUUCUCCUGCUCGAGAACGAGGCGUGUGCUUUCUUUUGCGAUAGACUUCGUCCGAAAUAAGCAGUUUGGGCGGGUGGCACCUGAGUGACCAGGCCUGCCCUUGCUGUCCCCCCCUGGGUCUCUGAUGGUCCCGCUCUGUCAUUCCAGCCGACCUCCCUCGCACGGGCUUCUCUUUCCUUCCCUCCCCCUUCCCCAGGAGCCCACCACACACUUUAACACCCUUGUGUCCGUCCCCUGAGAACAAGCCUAGGGCCAGGGCCGGAGCACUUGGCAGGUUUGGGCGCUCCUUCCUUGGGCCCCCAAUAGAAUGCACUUACUCCCCUGCCUCGUGCAUCUGGGAGGCGUUGCCUCAAAGCGCAGCGUGACCCAGAGUGCAGCAGGCCCCCUCUCGGUUCUCCUGGGCCCCGGGCUCAGCACUGGCCUGCUCGCCCAUGCCCGGGUCUUUGGCGCUGGUGCCAGCCUGUGCCAGGAGACGCCUGGGGCCUGGGAAUCUGGCUGAGCCAGACAAUCCCAAGAUUCCAGCCUCCACACCAACACGCCAGGGUGGCUGGCUGGCCGGCUGGCCUAAUGCUGUCUUCAUGGGCUAUAACGUGGGGGGCCCGCGGUGCCAGGUCUGUCAGGGCCAGGGCCCCUCUGUCCGGCUUUCUGCACUGGGACAGUUGACACCCCCAAGAGAAAAUUGAGAAGGAGGCCUGCUCCCUCCUCCCUCCGACAUCCCUCAGACCCCGGCCCCAAGCAGUGGCACCUUCGCCCCUUGCUGCUCAGAUUCCCAGGACCCCGGGUCAGAACGCAUGGGUUGCCCACCCUUUGGCCAGCCAGGCACCUCGUGAAUGGGACCCAGGGGCCCCCCCGGUUCAAACCCAGGGUGCACAUUUCCACAGCUGGCCCGGCACCCUGGAGCCCAGAUCCCUGGAUCCAUGGAUCCACGGAUCUGUGAGCCCAAGAGCCUGCCCAGCCAUGUGGCCUCCUUGUGCUAGGCCAAGAGCACAGCCAGUCUGUCCCGACCUGAUGGCCUCCCAGCCCCCUAGCCCCAGAGCCCAGCCGCCGGAAACUCAGGGCCCUCGGGGCCCUCGGCCUCCUCCGGUUCUCGCUGCUUCCUCAGUGAGCGUUCGCAGAGCACUUGCCGAAACACAUAUCGCGUGUGUUGUUAGCCUCGAAGCACUGGACUGUGGUCCCCUGCCCCGCCCCCGUCCCCUCCCCACCCCCCUCUCCCGCCCAAGUGACUGAAAUCUACUGAGCUGUCUUCACUGUGCUGUCCUGGGGGAGGGGGUGCAGCGCCACCCGCAGAGCGCACCCCUGCACUGCCCCCCGGGGACGGACGGGGAGCCGGGCACCCCUCGUCCCCGCCGGGGCCCGAGGACGCAGCUGCGCCCGGCCAGUGGCGGCCUGCCGGGUACCGAAAGCCAUGUAACUGUCUCUGUGGCCACGCGCGACACUGUGACUAAGACAUUCUUGCGUUAUUCCGAGGAGUGUCCCUCAUCUCCUUCCAUUCCAGUUUCUGGGUUGUAUUCCUUUCUGAUUCGUAGUUGCGCUUCCGGGGGAAGAGAAGGUAAGAAAGAAGAGAAAAGGGCAAGGUGGCUGGAGUUUCCGAACGUGCAAUUCACGAGUGAGCAACGCGAUACUGAAGGCUUCCCGGGAGGGGCGGCCGCGCGGCCACGUGCGCUCCAGGGCGCGGAGCCCGGAGGCCGGGACGCGCGGCUCGCCGCCCCCUGUGCGCAUGCGCUCGGGGAGCCCGCCCCUGGGCGGCCGAAGUCCUUCGCCGUUCGGUUGUUACCUUACAGAUUUGGUUGAGUUUGUUUUUGUUUUCUUCUUCCAGGACUGUAUAGUGUUGAAAAGGAAAUGUAAAUGUCUGGUUUUCAUAAAAUGUUUUAAAGAAAAAACCAUUAAGGAGGAGGCUGGUGUUCGUCCCGUGUCCCCAGAUUGUAAAUUGCUUCUGUUACCAGUAAACUGUGCAUGGCUGGUGUUUAGCGGUCAUUAUCGUGUCUGGUCGUGACGUUUUUAUGGACAGGAAAAUCGCGUAGAUGCACUUAUGGACCGUGUGAGUAGGGCCCGAGGAGUCCCGAGCCACCAGCUCAAGGGCGGCGCUGCUCUCAGCUCCCACGGACGUCCGGCUGUGGCCGGCGGCGGGGCGCGGCGGGGCCGGUGGCCGCGGGGAGGACGCUUCUGCAGCUUUCGUUCGGACGCUGGAGAGAGAGACAGAAGCACGUGUGUAGAGAACCUUCUUUAAGAGGAAGCCUAGGCCGCGCUGAUCUUGAGGCCAAUGCUGUAGAAUAGGACUGUAUACCAAAUGUAAUCUUUCCGAGGCUACAAUGAAUUUAUACGUGAGAUCGAGA